AUCCAGAUCAGUGCUGGCUUUUUAGCAAGAUUUACCAAGCGCGCCGACGCCGACGGCAGCCUCACUGCCACUGCCACUGCCACUGCCACUGCCACUGCCACUGCCACUGCCACUGCCACGACUACCUGUUGUGCCCUAAUACUCCUUUUGCCUGGCUGGAUGUCCUCGGUGCUGGCUUGGGCUCAGCGACGCGCAUCGCUGCACUCGCCCAUGGCCAACGGACCGACUGGCGCCUCAGCCACCAAUAGCACGCCUGUCCCGCCAACCGCGAACAAGAAUGGCCCCUCUUCCGUCGACCAGGCACGCUCCAAGCGCAAUUCCCUUGCACUCUACGGCAAUCUCGAGCUGGGCGAGCCUGCUGCAGCCUCGUCUCCCCUGAAACGCACGCAGAGUGUGGCCGACGACACUGCCAGUGUCAGUGCAACGGCCUCCCUUUCCCAACAACAGGACAGUGUGAUGUCAGAGGCCAAGUCACAGGCACAGCGCUCUUUUCGCCGCUCCUUACGACGAAAGGAAUCGGAUGCCCUGCUCCGCGAGCUCGUACCUGAUGCCUUUGACGAUGACAGCGACGAAGAGAACGGGUCCCGGCGCCCCUCAAAUCAACAACCCACUAGCAUUGCCGAAGUGUCAACAAGCAAUGAGAGUGAGUCGGACGAGGAAAAUGUUGCCAAGCAGAACCAAGAUGUGCCCCGACAGGCUGGCUCAGGUUCAAGCACGCCCGUAUCGACUCCCGACGCUCUGUCAGUGGCCAGCAGCAGCGAUGAUGACAACGAAACUGAUGCAGACGGCCACAACUUUUUGGCACCCCCAGACCUGGAGACUGGAGACAAUUCUUGCUUUGGCUCGUCUACAUCCCUGGCAUCUACUGACCCUGUGUCUUCCCACCCGGCAUGGGCCAACGUUGAAGUCGAGAUUGAUCGUCAAAAGGGCCCCAUGGGCUUUACCGUGCGCUCCGAUGACACCCUCUUGGCCAAUCACCGCAACGUCGUUGGCACUGUCAAGUCGGGUUCCAUGGCAGAGAGCGCCGGACUUCAACGCCAGGACGUCCUUGUUAGCAUCAAUGGCAAUGACGUCACCAACACAAGCAAAGAAACUGUUCGGCGCCUUCUUCAAGCCUCUGACCAAAUUGUUUGCCUUGUGGUCAAGCGCAAGGACGCGCCCGCCGACGCAAACAGCCUCGCAAGGGAAGAGCAAGUGCGAACGGCUUCGCUACCAAAUCAGCAAGCUCCUAUCUUGGUGCAACACAGACCGCCUGCUCCCAAGGCCGAAAGCACGCCUGUGCCUGUGCCCGAGUCUGAACCCAACUCUGUGUUUGUGCCCGAGUCUGAGCACGUCCCUGUGCCCCAGUCUGGUCUAAAGCCAGACUUGCACGACAAUGAUUCUCGUGAUGUGGCGGCUGGAGGCUUUAGCCCCAUUCCCGAGGAUGUCGAGGCAGCACUCGAGGCCGCCAUGGAUGAUGCGCCCGCAAGUAAAUCCUCCUCGAACCAGACCACGAACUCACUUGCAGAUGCAAUGUCAGCCUUCCUGACCUCCGAUGAAACUGAGCCGCCCCUCAAGAGCCCCGCCAGCUCGGUAAAACUGGAGACAGUUAAUCUGGAUGACGCAUUUGAGGAGCCUGAGACACUGAGUACCACUCCGCUGAGCUCGACCACAGCCCACAAGCCCGCCAUUGCAGCCACUGUGACGCCCGUCAUUGUUGAGCACGAGAUCUCCUCCUCGGCAAACGAGAGCCUACAUGACGACGCAUCUGACCCUGGUGCAGAGGCGUCAUCGAUCGCACAAUCCGAUGGCAGUUUGCACUCUCGACUUUUGCAAGCUGAGGCGGCUGCUCUGGCUGCGGGCCGGCCGCGCCGGCGUUCCAUCUCCGCCUCUUCGGGCUUGUCUACAGAUGAGGGCUUCCGACUUCAACAGGCACCACGCUCCUCCCAGCCUCACCACGAAUAUCUCGAACUGCAGCAAAACGCUCUGCGCCAACACUUUCAAGACCUCCAGCGCAACGAUGGGCUUCAGAGUGAAUUCGCCACCAUCGAGGCCGCAGACGUUCGUAACACUAGCGUGGCUGCUAAGCGCGACGCCAAUACUCAUAAGCAUCGCUACUCCAACAUCUUUGCCUAUGACCACACACGAGUGCGUGUAACCCCUGACGAUGCCGCACUCAGAUCAGACCCGGCUCCAAAUGGUGAUCUGACCACCGAUGAGGGACUGGAUGUGAUCAACACCGACUACAUUGACGCUAAUUUUAUCGCUGGCGUCAGCGGUAAAGCCGAGUACAUCGUCACCGAGGCCCCCAUACCGGCAACCAUGAAUAUCUUUUGGCGGAUGGUGUUUGAGCAGGGUGUGUCUGCUAUCGUGGUUCUGACUCGUGAACUUGAGGCCGGGCGCCUCAGAUGCCAUCGCUACUGGCCCGAGGAAGGCCAGAGCACCAUCUAUGCUGACAUCACGGUCACAACCACUGCGUGGCGUGAGCAGCCGCGCAGUGCGCGUCGCACCCUGCGCCUCGAAAGACCUGGGUGUGAACCGCGGCGCAUUGAGCAACUUUUGUUCACAGCAUGGCCCGAAACUGGCGUGCCUGCGGACCCCAAUGCCUUUCUCGACUUUCACCGUGAAGUCCAGCAGUGCACGCGACCCAAUGGCAAUUUGACGGCCCCAAUGGUCGUACACUGUUCCUCGGGCGUGGGCCGUAGCGGUUGCUUUGUUGCCUUUGAUCGUCUAGCUCAGAGUGCCGCUCGCCAGCUCACGCCUCUGUCGGUCAAAGCCACCAUCCUCUCUCUGCGCCACGAACGCAUGCUCAUGGUACAGACCGUGCUUCAGUAUGAGUUUGUGUACAAAGCUGUUCUGCGCUAUCUGGAUUUGGAGCUACAAAAGCACCGUACAAACGUGGCGUCGUCUUCGGCCUCUGCCAACCCAUCGGUACACCGCGGCAACGUCAGCGACCGUGGCGCCGAGGGUGCCAACUCACAAACCCGCCGCCGCCGUGCCAGUCAAGCGCUGGAUGACGAAGCAGUCCUUCACACCGGACCUGGACCCAACGCGGCCACGGAUCAGCAAGUUCAGCUUUUGCGACGCAAGCCCUUGAAGCGUUGGGAUACAGACACGGUGGCCGGCUUUGUGCAAUACAUAGGGCUCCCCUCACUUGCCGUCGCAGUCCAUCGCCUAGAGUUGACGGGCCGUGAGCUGGCGCGCCACCCCUCUCAAGUCGCGCAAGCUCUGUCCAUCCAUCGCUCAGCCGCUCCCGUACUGCGUCGGCUUAGACUUGAGCCGGGUCACUUUCACCACUACGAACUCAUUCUUAUCACCCCAAACGGGGAGCGCCCAAUAGCCCCACCCCAAGUCGUGGGCAGCCUGAUACCUCACGAGCCCGUCGGGCCCGACGACGUGGAGACCGAAGAUUGGGAAGCGGACGGCCGUCCUCGCCUAGAUUCGCUGCAGUCGGUUCUCCGUCUCAUGGCCCGGCAUCACAUGACGCGCAGCUAUUCAUGGCUAGAGCUGCGGCAACGCUUGCCCGUCGCGGGCGUGCAGGCCCUCUUGGUGCGAGCUCACGGCACUGGCAUCAACAGCGUGUUCUUAACUGUUCACGCCGCCAAUGGAGCAACCGUGCAAAAUGUUGUGGCAGCCAUUCUGGCCCGCAUGGGUGUUAUGGCCACCACGGACGGCUUUCUUCUGCAUCUCGUCCUGAAUGGUGCCGAUUCACAACAUCUCUCAGCUUCGGACCUCAUCGCUGACAUCUUGCAAGCGCACGUGGGCCGCACGGAUGCUGGUGGCGUAUGGUAUUUUGAUCUCGUGGAAAGCAAUAAGGGCUCACUUGCAGAUGGGUCCCGCACCGCCACCUUGGACGCGGAAGUGACACAGCAAAAGCUCGAACAGCAGGAAGAGCUGAUCGCCGAGGCCAGCGACGAGAUUGAGCGGCUCAAACUGCAACUAACCAAUACCAAGCUCCUCCAGGCUUCAGACGUGUCUGAGCCCGACAACACAGAAGGGCGUGGCAGCAUGGACCAGGCGAGCAUGGCAGCUAUAGCCCAGCUGCAGGAUCUCUGGGAUCAAGAACGAGAGCGCCUCGUGCAGCGUUUGGCGGGAGAGGAGGAGGCGCGCAAGGAACUCGAGCGUGUCUGCUUUCAACGUGUUCAGGAUGCUGAUGACUAUGAUGAAGACCUUGCCGCCAUGCUGAAAGCCUUGCAGGAGGCCAUUGAUUGGCGCUCCGAGCAAUUGCAGCAGCUUCGCGAUGUGGAAGCGGCCCUUCACACCCGUCUCGUGCAGGUUUUGGUAGCACAAGUCAACGACGAGACGGAUGGCGAGUUAGUCGAGGAAUUGAGCGCAGAAUGUCAAUCACUCAAGGAACGCUUGAUAAAUCUGGAAGCUGAUCUGACCAAUCUCCGAGUCAAGCAGGAGCGAACUGGCGCGAUCGCAUCCUUUCGAUCUAAGCGUGGCCAGGAUGAGCUGAUGCCGGCCCCGCUGUUGUACUCAAUUGUGGAGCAUGGCAUGCUAUUGGCUUUCACCUUGAACAAGACGCAAGACUCGCUGGGCAUGGUGCUCAAAGAGCUCAAGACUGCUGGUGAUAAUGGCGGUACCAAACGCUCCGGUGUCGUAGAAAUCAAGUCUGUGGUUGCUGAUACGCCGGCUGCCGAAGCCGGCUUACAGCCUGGUGACCAGAUUGUUGCCGUGGGUGAUGAGAAUGUUCUUGGACGAACCAAGCAAGCGCUCUUGCGCACGUUUCGGGAGGCGCCUGGGGACAUGCUUCGACUGAUUGUAUCGCGCCCCGGCUUGGCCGAUCGGUUUGGCGUACCCAUGGCAGAUGGUGGCGCUGCUGUGACUGAAGUGCCGUCAAGCACCCCCGAGAUGGAGCACCAACUGCGUCAAGAAUUGGUGACUUUGCAGGCAAAGCUCAAGGCGAAAGAUCGCGAGGCAGAAGGGCUUCGGCGCCGACAUCGAUCCUUGCUGGAGCAAAAUGAUCAGCAACGAGACAAGCUAGACCGCUUUGCGACCGAGCGUCGGAGCAUCGCAUCUCAGCUGCGUGGGCCAUUGGCUGGUAGCCAAGGUGGGCCCAGCGAUGCCUCAAGCGAUCGUGAGUCGGAUCUGGGUGACAUGGAUUUUGCGGCUCAUGUGCAGGACUUGCGGGCCCAAAGCGAUAUCACUGCCCUCGAGCUGGAGCGCUACAAGGUUGAGCUGGCGGGCCUCGAGGGCGAACUCGAGCAGCGUGAGGCUGAGGUUGAGGCGUUGCGCACGGAACUUGCGGCACAACAACAAACAGUUGCAGCCAGCUCCAACGCAGCGGUCACUGCUGAGCUGGACGAGAGCAAGGCCCAGCUGCGCGACUUGCAGAAAAAGAACAAGCGAUUGGAAUCGGAGUUACACAACAAGUCAAAGUCCAUGGACAUGCUCAAGGCUUCCACAUCUGCGACAGAAGACGCCCUCGGGGGAUUGAAUGCGGCUCUUGCAGAGCUGCGCGAGCGCAACUUGGAGCUCGAGCAGCAGCUGGCGCACAGCUCGGGAGGGCAAGACGGACAAGGCCCUGUCGUGGUAACCAAGAAGGAGAGGGCGUUGCGUGAGCAAAUGAGCGAGCUGCGCACCCAGCACCAAGCCGAGGUGCUGGAACUGAAGAAGCAGUUGCGUCAGGCCAAGGCCGAGGUAAAGGGAGCAGCACGAAUCAGCGCUGCUGAAACGGCGACGGCCCAGGCGGACGUGAAGGCGGCACAAAAGACGUUGGCUGAUGUACAGCGUCAGCUGCAGAAGGAAGUUGAUCAGAAGACUAAUGUGAUGAUGCAGCUCGAGGCAUGCCAGCAAAAAAUAUUUGCCCUUGAAAGCGCGUUGCAGGAUGCACAGGAACGCAGCAAGCUAGCUGAGCAAGGCAAAGAUAAUGCGGAAGCAGCCAUGGCUGCCACCGUGACCAGUUUAGAUAGCAACUUGGCAGCAACAACUCAAGAGCUAGCCCAAACCCGCGCGUCUUUGAAUAACCUCAAGGUGGCCCAUGCAACUCUCAAAUCACAGACGGAGGGUGGCGCGGAAAAGUUUGCCAAGCAGAAGGAGGAGUAUCAGCGCAUCAUGGGCCAGCGAGUGACCACGCUCGAAACCCAGAAUGACGAACUGAGAACACUCAACAAUCAGCUCAAGGCCCAAAUUGAGCAAUUGGAGGAGGACGUUGAUUCCAAAGAGACGAUGCUGCUUGCCAUGCAAGCCGAGCGUGAGCAUGUAGUGGGUAUCGUACGGGACCAGUGGUCGUCCUCACAGGACGAGGAACAGGUGAAACGUCGAGCUCAGACGCGACCAGUCCAAGCAUCCAACGAGCUGUGGGAUGUGAUCGAGAGCAAGAGCAAAGCAGAAGUUCUUGAUCUUCUUUUGGAUCGUGAUGAAGAGACGGAGCGCCUGCGUCAGUAUGUCGAUGCCGUAACCAGUGUGGUAGUCGAGAAGGCGCCGCACUUGUUGGAAGAUAUUAGCAAGUCCAAUGCCCAAGUACAUCUCACCCGCUUGCCGCUUUUCCAUCAUUGUUGUGACGAUGUUCUUAGGGACAAGCGGUUGUCGGUUCUUUGCGACAGUCGCGACAGCGCUCAAUGCGGCAACGCUCAAUGA